AUGGCUGGGCAAUCAACAGCUUACGACACUUUGUCCAAGGGCUCGACUAUUCUUAUCACCGGAAUCAAUGGUAUGAUCGCAUCACACUGUGCAGACCAAGCCUUACGACAUGGAUAUAAAGUGCGAGGGACGACUCGGUCCUUGGAGAAAAACUCUUGGAUGCCUGAAUUAUUCGAUAAGAAGUAUGGCAGCGGUCUCUUUGAGCUUGUCAAGGUCGAGGACAUGCAGCAGCCCGGUGCAUUCAACGAGGCUAUGCAAGGUUGUUCCGCAGUGAUGCACACUGCCAGCAUCGUGUAGGCGACAAGCUAUGUAUUCCACUGCGUGUACUAACAAGACUAGUACUUUCGACCCCGAUCCCGAUAAGGUUAUUCCGGCGACCGUCGCUGGCAUCCAAGAAGUUCUCAAAUGCGCGGCGAAUACACCAAGCGUCAAGCGUGUAGUUUACACGUCUUCACAAGCAGCAGUGCGAUCCUCAACUGAGACUCCGCUCGUCGUGAGCCAAGACACUUGGAACGACCAAGCCAUCCAAAUGACUUCUGAUCGGUCUCAACUCACAUCCAUUGACGAGUUUAUGCAAGGGGCAGUCGUAUACGCCGCCAGCAAGACGCUCGCAGAGAAGACUUGUUUCGAAUUCGUCGAGCGGGAAAAACCGCACUUCGUUCUCAAUACUGUCUGCCCAAACUACAAUACCGGGCCUUCAAUCCACCCUACCCAGCCUGCGUCCUCAAGCGGUCUUCUGAAGCUAGCUUUCCUCGGCGAUCCAAGGCCUUUGGGGUUCCUGACUAUGAUGGGCGGACUGAACUAUAUCGACGUCCGCGACGACGCUAGUCUCCAUCUUGCGGCGGCUAUUUUCGACGAUGUGAAGAACGAGAGGAUCUGGGGAAUGGCAGGAGAGUUCAAUUACAAUGAUAUUAUUGAUUUGUUUGGGAAGUAUGAUCCAAAAUGGCAAAAGGUGGAGAAGAUUGAGGACGUGAGGGACAAGACAGUGUACGAUGUUUCAAGGAGCAUCGAGCUGUUGAAGAGGUUGGGGUGUGAUGGCUGGAUCAGUCUUGAAGACAGUAUCAGGGCAAAUCUUGCUGGUAAGCGACGGACUUCGGAUAUUGAUUUUUCGGAUGCUAAUACUAGCAGACGAGUCCUCCGCAAUAUCCAACAUCAUCUCAUAG